UAUCCUAGGAAAACUAACAGAAUUAAAACACUUUUUAAAGAACAAUAAUGUGCAAAUUAUGGCAAUUAACGAGACAAAAAUUAAUAAAAGCCAUAAAAGGAAUUACCGCAUAAUUAGAAAAGAUCGCGACUCUCAUGGUGGGGGAAUUGCGAUUCUAAUCAGGAAUGACAUUACACACAUGGACUCACCUGACAAUAGACUAAGUCAUCUAGAAUUAAUACAAAUUCAAAUUUGCAAUGACAUCGUUCUGACAGCAUGGUACAAUCCCCCUAAUCAAGUAAUCAAACCCCAAGACCUUGACAUCAUUUUGCAUGACCCCUAGAAACAUAUAAUUGUUGGAGGUCUUAACGCAAAAAGUAUGCUUUGGAAUUGCCCAAAUUCUAACCAAAAUGGCCGAAUCCUAGAAAAUUACAUUAAUAAUAACAACGCUUGCAUUCUCUACCCUGACCAACCAACCCACUUUCCAUCCGACGGACAACAACCCUCAACACUAGACCUUGCAAUAACAAAAAACAUAACAUGUGACAUUGAUAUUUUAAAUGACCUAAAUUCCGAUCAUCUUCCAAUAAAACUUACAUUAGGCUCAUACAAGAGUAGCAUUUCGUUUGUAAGUAGGUGGGACUAUAACCACGCAAAUUGGGCUAAUUUCCGUAGAGUCCUAAAUGAAAUCACAAUUUUACUAACUUCUAUUAGGUACAUCAAUAAAACAGCUAGAAACCGAAGUGCUGCUUUUAACAGAGCGCAUCCAAUCCACUAUGAGAACCUCAAUCAAACGAAAACAAGUACAUAAAUUCAAAUCUGAUAGACUACCACCGGAAAUUAUUAACAAAAUCAAAGCACGGAACUACACUCGUAGACAAUUUCAAAAGUAUAGAAAUCCACGUGACUAUGAAUUAUUCAGACAACUAAAUACAGAAAUUAAAGAUGCAAUCACACAAGAUACAAACUCACAUUGGUCAGAUCUUUUAGGCUCCCUAAAAACAGCCAACAAUUCCUUUUGGCGAGUCGUUAAGUCGACCAAACCAAAAGCGGCAGGCGUGGCACCAUUGAAAAUAAAUCUAACAUCUUCACAUGCACAUAAUGACAAAGACAAGGCCGAAAUACUAGCUGACCAAUACGCAUCAGUAUGCGCGGCAGACCCGACUCUGACAAAAGAACAACAAAACGUGACGGAACAGGUAAACAACUUCGUGGCGGCCAAUCGCAAGGUAUCGAAAUAAACCGAAACCACGCCAAACGCAAUAAAACAAAUUAUCAAAAAACUGCCCGCGACAAAAGCUCCAGGACCAAAACCUUCCAAAGAAAGUAAUUGUACACAUAGCACUUAUUAUCAAUGCUGCGUUUAGACUGCACCAUUUUCCCAGCAUGUGGAAAAUUGCCGAAGUGAUCCCUUUCCUAAAACCCAAUAAAAACAAACAUGAUCCUGGUAGUUACCGACCAAUUAGCUUAUUGAACACGCUAGGUAAACUAACUGAACACAUUAUUCACAAUAAACUCGACCAACUACUCUCAAAGAAUGAUAGUCUUAAUAAAGAACAAUUUGGUUUCCGUAAAGGACAUGCAACGACUCACCAAAUAUCGCGAAUUGUGACAGAUAUAAAGCUUUCGACACAGUUUGGCUGGACGGGCUUAUAUUUAAAAUGAUACAACUAAAAUUACCCACAGACCUAAUACUACUGAUCAAUUCAUACCUUAAGAAUAGAAAACUGUAUGUUAAAAUUAACGAAGUCCAGUCGACAGAACGAACAAUACAAGCAGGUGUGCCACAAGGCUCAAUACUUGGACCAAAAUUAUUUUUGAGCUUUGCAAUCCUGAUUUUUUCAAGAAUGGUGGAAUGAAAACGCUCUAUCGGUGAAUUUGAUCUGGGAUUGUAAUUUGUAGUAAAAUGUAAAUCAAUUUUGAAAAGCUUGCAAUAUUCCUGAAACACACUAUUAUACAAAAGAAUAUGAUUAUUGACUAAAACUAUUUAAAAUAUAUCUUAAAUAAUUGAGUAAUAAUUAAUAUUGCACAAGUCUUGAUCGUUUUCUUAACAAAAUAAAGACUAAAAACAAUAAAUAAAAACAAAAUUAAACACUGGAAUUGUUGCGACCUCUGUCAGAUCAACUCCAAAACAAAGCAGCAGCACUGCGUCACAUUUUUCUCAACCAGUCGCGAAGUCACUGCCAGUACGAAGGCCACAAACAAUAAUUUGUAAUUAAACUAAAAUGGUGAAACCAAUUUAAAAUAACAUACGAAAUAUACUAUAAUCAUUUGUUAAUGGAUUUUAUUUACAUCACCGUAACAAGAUGAAUCAUUCACGGCGAACAAGACGGGGAAUUCUCCAAAUCGGAAACAAAAACAUCUUCAUCUACGAGGGCAUAAAUAUUGUUGGACGAAGCAAGCACGCAGUAGUAAUUUUAAAAGACCUAGUUGCAAGUCAACAACAUGCUAUCUUUACUAUUAUCAAUGAUGCCCACUAUAUCUCUGAUGUUAACUCCACAAAUGGCACUAAACUUAAUGGUACCAACCUAUCACCAUUUCAAAUGUAUCUGCUGGAAGAAGGCAGUGAAAUUGAAUUCACUCCACAAUUUAUUGGAAAGUACAAGAAGAUACAUGAUAAAAAUUCAUCACAAAUAUAUACUCCACAAUAUGAGUCUCAAAAUACACAGAGAGAGGAAGGUUUUUAUGAAGCCAGCACACAAGUGGAAAUGGUUGACAAAACAAAAGCUAUGUUCAGUGAUGACAUGGAUGAUGACUUAUCAAAGAUGGUCAUUGAUACACAAAUGAUUAAUGAUUCCAUGAUUGGGAAGAAUAAACCUGCAGCUCCAGAGGAAAGUAUAGAUGAAGCUGAAACCCAGUUGAUGGUAACUGUUCCAAGUAUCAAUGAGGCACCCGCACAAGUGGUCACUAAGAGAUGUUCUGUUGUAAGUGCCAUUGUGGAUUCUCAAUUUUUUGCUGGAAAUACUCAACAUGUUGAAAUUGCAAUGGAACCAUCUGGUGAUAAGUUAGAUCUGAAUGGUGGUGCCCCAAAUUCUAUUGAUGAGGAAUCCACAAAUAUUCCUAUUAAUGAAAUAGGUCUUGAAACAUCAACUACUCUGCCAUCAUUACCUUUGACUAAUGUUCCGGAAAAUGAAAUAACAGAAGAAAUUGUAAAAGCAGAAUCAGCUAAGAUUUUACCCGAAUCUGAUGAUGAAGGUGUUGUUAAACAGAAAGGUAGGUCUAGCGUGCGGAGAAGUCGAUUCAUCAUCAGUGAUUCUGAAGACAGUGCUGGCGAGGAAGUAGAAACUAAGAUCCCAGAACCUAAAACUAUAGAGAAUUCUGUGAUAUCCGAUUGCGAAGAUUCAUUUAUAACAAGAAAAUCGAUUGGUAACGCAAGUCUUGAUUACAUACCAGCCACUCAGGAUGCUUCAUUUUCACGGACUAGUGAUCAGGAAUUAUGUGAAUCCGGUGAUAUUUCUGCUUUGCAAAUAAGUACAACAGAAAAAGAUGAAUCAGUUAUAAACGACAGCGAUACAGAAUCAGUUGAUUUUAUUGCUCCAACUCAACCAAUUUGUAAACGAACUCGAUCGUCAGUUGGCUUAAAUUCGUCCGAUUUAAUACCUGCCACUCAAGAUGUGUGCGAUGAUGUGGAUUUUGAUUCCCCCACACAACCAUUAGAUGCUGCUGCACUUUGUACAGAACAAGAAAAAGAUGAUAUUGAUUUUGAGGCCCCAACGCAGCCUAUCAUACAACCAGUUAAAACGGUUCCAGUGCCACACGUAGAAGAAGAAACUGAUUUUGAAUCUCCCACUCAACCGAUAAUGCGCAAUGAUAAUGAUAUUGUUAUUAAUGAACCACAUCCAGUUAUGAAAAGAGUUCAAGAAAUUGAAAGUCAACUGGAAGUCUGGUUUGAAACGCAAAAUGUCACCCUAUCCACGGCAGAUGGCUCAAGACCAACAAAUCCUUUGGCAAGUUUAAUCGAAACAUGUUCAACUCAAGAUGUUAUCAGCAGUUUAACUGGAGGUGGAACAAAACGCUCAAGUGAUGAAUUCGACGUUAAUGGCCGAUCAAAACGACUUAAAACUUCAGCAACGCCAAAAGCGAACUCAACAAGCAAACUGAAAAGUAUUGACACACCUGAAGUAGAUAAUAGUCGAAAAUCCUCCAUCAAAGAAAUUGAUGUAACAAAUGUUGAUGCGAAUAGAAAUAAGUCGAUUUUAGACUUUUUCGGGAAAGCAAGUUCUACCAUGAUUGAUAGUACCAUAAAUGGCAAAGUAUCUUCUAAGUUGUCUAUGAUUAAGAAGCAUAUUGCCACGGAUGUGCUAGAUGAAAGUGAACAUUCGGUAUCGAAUGUUGAGGUUGAAUGUUUGGCAGACACAAUUCCAAUGGUAGCUAUGGAUAACACUGAUAUUUCGAAACAUUCCCAGAUAGUAGUAGAUCAGACAUUGACAGGGGAUAAGACAUUAGACACUACUGCAGCGAGGAAAAAAAAGCGGAAGUUUCUGGAUGAAGAAACUAUGUGUUCCAUGCCCACCCCGGAACCUGUUAAGACGAUCGAUCUUACGGACGGCGAUAAAAAUAAAAUUGAAUCGGAGGAAGCUCCAAAGGCAUGUAUUAAAAAAACAAAAACCACGGCAAAAGCAAACACCACAAAGAGAAACACGCGACAAACUCGCGGUAGUGUCAGAUUCGAAGAAAGUUCUGAUGAUUCGGAUGAAGAGUGUAAAGUUGUUACAAAGAAAACAAGGGGUAGGCCACCAACAAACGUUCGUGCAAGCACCCGUGCUAAGAAGAGUGUUAAUUACAAGGAAAAGGAUAAUUCUUCAGAUAGUGAGAAGGAGGACAAACGUAUAAUUAUAACAGUUCCAGAGAAACAAAUUAAACUCGUGAUUACUGAUGAGGAGGACUUCAAGAAGAAAGAUAUUAAAUCUAAUAUUAAGAAAGUGAGUCGAUCUUCGAAAAUUAAAGGGGAAGUAACUAUGUCACCAGAGCGGGGCAAACGAGUUACGAAACCGAAGGUUAUUUUCACGAGGUUGGAUGAUCCAAAACUUAAGCAAAUUGUUCGGUCCCUAGGUGGUUCAAUUGUGAAGAAAAUUGCCCAAAGCACUGUUCUGGUUACGAAGAAAGUGCAAUGUUCGUUGAAACUAUUGUCCGCAAUUGGUAGAUCAAUACCAAUCUGUUCUCCCGAGUGGUUGAUGGAGUGUAAGAAAGCGCACGCUUUUCUAGAUCCGUGGGACUACCUAAUUAAAGAUCCUGAUGCUGAGAAAAUGUGGAAGUUCAAAAUUGGACACACGUUGGAAAUGAGUAAGCGCUCCAAGAUAUUUGCGGGCAUUCAAUUUUUGUUAGUUACUACUCUAUCGGCGGAUCUAAUCAAAGGUGGAAUUGAGGCAAAUGGCGGCAAAGUGGUCACUCGCAAACCAGCAAACGACAAUUUUAUUGUUGUCGGUGAUGCUGCUCACCAAUCCAAGUAUGCAACCUACUUGAAAAGUAAAGUGAAGGUUGUAUCGGCAGAAGCGAUUCUUGCUGGGAUUUUAAGACAGGAAAUCGCGUUCGAUGAGUUCGCAUUGAGUUAAAUGGAUGGAUCUAUUUUAUAUUAUAACGUUAUUGUAUAUGUAUUUGUUAUAAAAAUAUCUUUGAUUAUAUU